AUGACCAACAACAACGGCAAUGGGAAUGGCGGCAGCAACGCGGCGGCGAGUGGCUGGCUGGGCUUCUCGCUCUCGCCGCACAUGGACGAACACAACCACGUGCAGCAGCAGCAGCAACAACACCAGGGCCUAUUCUACCCCAGCUCCGUCGCCGCCGCCUACAGCCUCGGCAGCGACGUCGCCACCGGCGGGUACUAUUCGCAGCUAGCCUCCAUGCCUCUCAAGUCAGACGGCUCCCUCUGCAUCAUGGAAGCUCUACGCCGAACCGAUCAACAAGAUCACCACGGUCCGAAGCUGGAGGACUUUCUGGGCGCGGGGCAACCGGCGAUGGCGCUGAGCCUGGACAACACCUCCAACUUCUAUUACUACAGCGGCGGUGGCGGAGCAGGUGGGCAACACGGACAGAGCCACGGCGGCGGCUUCCUGCAGCAAGCAUACGACGUGUACGGCGGGCCCGCAACGGCAUCGGUGCUGGCGGCCGAUGAGGACGCCGCGGCAGCCACGGCCAUGGCGAACUGGGUGCAGGUCGCGCGCGGUGCCACCGCGUACGCCACAGCCGAGAACGUCUUGUCCGCGGCGGCGGACCGGCAGCAGCAUCUUCACCACCACCCUCUGGCACUCUCCAUGAGCUCCGCCGGGUCGCUCUCCAGCUGCGUUACCGCGGGGGCCGAGUACGGCGGCGUCGUGGCGACGGUGGACGGCGGGCGAAAACGCGGUGGCGCGACGGCGGGGCAGAAGCAGCCGGUGCACCACCGCAAGUCCAUCGACACGUUCGGGCAGCGCACGUCGCAGUACCGUGGCGUCACCAGGCAUAGGUGGACGGGGCGGUAUGAGGCGCACCUGUGGGACAACAGCUGCAAGAAGGAAGGCCAGACCAGGAAAGGGAGGCAAGGUUUUACAGGAGGGUAUGACAUGGAGGAGAAGGCGGCGAGAGCCUACGACCAGGCGGCGCUCAAGUACUGGGGGCCUUCCACCCAUAUCAACUUCCCGCUCGAGGACUACCAGCAGGAGCUGGAGGAGAUGAAGAACAUGACGAGGCAGGAGUACGUGGCACACCUUAGAAGGAAGAGCAGCGGCUUCUCGCGUGGCGCGUCCAUGUACCGUGGCGUGACCCGGCACCACCAGCACGGGCGGUGGCAGGCGCGCAUCGGCCGCGUCUCCGGCAACAAGGACCUCUAUCUCGGCACUUUCGGCACCCAGGAGGAGGCCGCGGAGGCGUACGACAUCGCCGCCAUCAAGUUCCGGGGACUCAACGCCGUCACCAACUUCGACAUCACCCGCUACGACGUCGACAAGAUCAUGGCUAGCAACACGCUCCUCCCGGGCGAGCUCGCCAGGCGCAACAAGGACGCCAACGCCGCGCCCCUGCCCCUCCCCGCCCCCGACGACUGCGCCGCCUCUGCCCUGGUGCCCGUGUCUACUCCGGGGACGGACACCGGCGGCAGCGGCCAGCACCGAAACCAGGACGUCAUGUCCUCGGGCGAGGCCUUCUCGGCGCUGCACGACCUGGUCACCGUGGACGGCCACACCGCGCAGGGCGGCAACGGCGCGCGCGUGCACAUGUCGAUGUCGGGCGCAUCGUCGCUGGUGACGAGCCUGAGCAACUCCCGCGAGGAGAGCCCAGACCGGGGCGGUGGCCUGUCUAUGCUCUUCGCCAAGCCGCCGCAGCAGCCGGCCACGACAACGGCGGCGUCCCCGAAGCUGAUGAGCACUCUGGCGCCGCUGGGUUCCUGGGCGUCGUCGGCGAGGCCGGCCGCCGUUUCCAUCGCUCACAUGCCCAUGUUCGCCGCGUGGAGCGACGCAUGA